AUGGGAAAGGGAAAAAACAAGCAAAAUACACAAAAUGGAGCACAAGAAUUGCAAAAUACACCAAAUAACCAGCUGGGUGAUGGAGAGAAGAAGCAAGAGAAGGCGGAGACAAAAAAUGAGGAACAAAAGGAAGAGAAAAACACAGAUAAGUCGAGCAAAGAUAUUGUGUUGAAAGCAUACAUGCAUUGCCAAGGAUGCUGUAAAACAGUUUCCAAAUGCUUGAAAAGUCUUGACGGCGUUGAAGAUGUCACCGUAGAUAUUGCAAAUCACAGGGUGGUUGUGAAGGGCAAAAGAGCCGAUCCAGUGAAAGCCUUGAAAAGGCUUCGGAACAAGUACAGUAGAAACGUUGAGCUUAUCUCUCCGCUUCCAAAAUCCGAUAAUGAAAAGAAAAAAGAACCCGAAAAGAAGAAAGAGGAGGUCCAAGUGAAAGUUGUGGCCCUCAAAAUGUACAUGCACUGUGAAGGUUGUGCAAAUGAUAUAAAGAAAAAUAUAGAGAGAAUGAAAGGAAUCCUAACCGUGGAACCAAACAUGGAAGCCUCGCGAGUGACGGUGAGGGGAGUCUUCGACCCACCAAAACUCGUCGAAAACAUCAAGAAGCGACUGGGAAAGCACGUAGAGAUUGUGAAGCAAGAACAUGCAGAGAAAGGACAAGACAAGAGCAACAAAAAAGAUACAGAAGAGGAAAAAGGGGAAAAAGGGGGAAAUAUUUUCCAAUAUCCUCCCCAAUACUCAACCCAACAUAUUUAUCCCAACCAAAUGUUUAGUGAUGAAAACGUUUUUUCAUGCUCAAUAAUGUAA